CUCGCCUCUCUUGCGGACAAUAACGUAUUGAUUUCAUAUUUUAAUUGCGAAUGGGUAUUUCUGAUUUGCGAUCAAUACGACAUUAUAAUAUUUAAAGCGCAUAUGAAUAUAGACGUAAACAUCAACUGUGCGCGGUUAGUGAUUGACUCAAACAUGGAUCUCACUUUUGUGUUGUGCACGGUGGCAGCGCUUUCUGUGUAUGCGAAUUCCCAAUACAUGAAUGGAACUGAAGAGAAGGGCCUCAUCUUUACUGCGAGAAACACCAGGGGAACCAGAGCAGCACUCUGGCACUUACCCACGAUGCCCCCGUACGAUGAAGUGCCGGAAACGGUGACUAUAGUACCGUUUAAUGAUCGUUUCCUACAGUUCUACAGCCUCGAUGUCGACUUUAGGAAGAAGAUCGUUUACAUCUACGAUAGGCAUUACAGGUCGCUUCUAGCCGUUGAAAAUUACACAGCAAGUAUGGAUAACAUAGCAAGGGAAAAACCCUUCCACCUUGGUGUUUCAACCGGUACUGUUCAGAUCGCCGUUGAUUGGUUGUCGCACACAAUCUAUUGGACCGACUCCACCUAUCGUUGGAUUGCUGCCGCCCCUGGGGCAAUUGAAAAGAUGGACAAUGACAUCUACAAAAUCAUUGCCGAUACGAACCUCUACCAUCCUGAUGGCAUGACGUUGGAUCCUCUUGAUGGUUUCCUCUUCUGGACGGACAGUGGUCUUUAUCCAAAGAUUGAACGAUCAGAUAUGGCCGGAAGAGACAGAAAGACCCUUAUCACAAAAGGUCUCAUUUCACCAAUAUCAUUGGAAACGGACAUUGCGAACAAACGAAUUUAUUGGAUAGAUACAGCUACAGAAAACAUCGAAUCUUCGAAAUACGACGGUACCGACAGGUUGACAUUAAAACGGAUAACAUUGUCAACGUUGUUUGAUCUCGCAAUUUUCAGGGAUGUACUCGCCGUCACGGAUAUAAACAGCAACCGCAUAAUGUUUUUUAACACGACCAAUGGCGAAAAAGCCGCAGCGAGCAUUUAUUUAUCAAGAUAUAUAACGUACAAUAUAGCGACUUAUUUCCUAGAAAGCCAACCAUUGAGAGCAGAUGGCAAAGAUCCGUGCCUCGCUUUGAACUGCACACAUAUGUGCAUUACAACAGCAACAGGAGGAGAGUGCGCAUGCGCGGAAGGCUUCGUUUUCAAUCAAUCGACCAACUCGUGUGACGAGAAUAGCAAAGUGUAUCACAGAGCCAUGAUUCUUGCCGACGACACUUCCAUAUGCCUGACCGACAUUCGAGUGGCUGCGGACACAAGCUAUGUCUGUGUCACCAUAUUUGAUUUCGAUACCAGCUGGUUUCCAAAUAAUACCUUGCCGCCUAAUGAAAGCCGAUCGACAAUAGCUUACUUGGACGUAAGCAUGAAGAACCGGGUACUGUACAUAGCUGACAGCAGCGGACAUAUCUUCAGACGUUCGGUUGACCUUCCGAAGGAAGACAUUGCCCUAGAUCUAUUGACUACAGCAAGUGGCAGGAUAACAGGACUAGCAUACGAUUGGACAGAUAACAAUUUAUACUGGUCUCAGUCCAAUGGAGCGAUAUUCGUAAUCAACGUCGAUGAUAGUGCCACGAGACGCGUGUUGGCGAAUGCUGGAAAUAUUACAAACCUUGUUGUGGUGCCACAUGUGAGGCGCCUUGGCUUUACGACUGCUGGCACUAUUAAAGCAGUUCUUAUGGACGGCACAAAUAUGACGACAGUGUUUUCAGAAGAAAAUUCGAAUACAACGAUUUCGGAACUUGUCGUUGACUAUGACGAACACAUGUUUUAUUGGGUGUCGACGAGCUCCACAAGAACUUACAUGUACAAGAUGACGAUUUACGGCAAUGAAACUAGAACGACAAUUAAUAGCAAUAUUGAUCGGACUACGUCCUUAAUAGCAGUUUAUAAGGGAUAUAUCAAGUGGAUGUACCCAAACCCUGUUAGCUCUAGGAGGACUUACUACAAGUCAGUUUCUAAACUGGCACCAACAGCUACCACGUCGGGCUCCUUUAAUUUGCGGGCAGUGGCGCUGAAGAUGCUGGACGCAAGCGUUCAAAAUAUGGAAACGGAUAAGUGUGCUUAUCUUAAUGGCGGAUGUGAACAGAUAUGCAUAUCCUACCACACGGAUGAAAACACGUUCGAGAGAAAAUGUGAAUGCUCUGCUGGUUACACUUCUGUUAAUACAAACUGCAUUUUGAAGACAAUUUCUCCGGUGGACUUUGCAAUUGUCUACGAUACGACAUAUACGAAUGUCAUGCAGAUUGACCUUAGGACGAAUGAGCAGGCUGUCGUUCCUUUGAAGGAUGUGUCCUAUGUAUUUGGGCUCCUCUACGAUAUUGAAACCAAACGGAUCAUUUGGUCUGAGCGUGGGAAUCCAAUUGUAUACAGCGCUUUCUUGAAUGGAACCGGUGUCAAAGUAGUCGGAAAAACAGGAAGCAGCGUUGUCACGCGAUUUGCAAAAGACGAAACGACGGGAAAUAUUUAUUACACAUCAAUGUCCACUUCAUUAGACCAGCAUGUGGGGGUAAUAACUCCAUCGGGCGACACGAUAUACCUUGUUGAUUAUUUUUUGGGAGAUGCAAAGGGAUCAAUUGCAGUUCAUCCGGGUUCAGGAAAAAUGUACUACGUGGUGUGUGCCUAUCCCAACUCUUACAUAGCAGAGGCGAACAUGGAUGGAUCUGAUGUACGGAAGUUAAUUACAGAUGUGCACACACCAGACGGGCUUGCAAUAGAUUACAUAAACAAUUUCAUUUACUGGACUGACGUGUAUGAGAAUACAAUUCGGCGAUGCAACUUAACCUUAAAUGGCACCAACUGCAGUACGAUCAUUAAUGAGACGAAAUCCACAACUGUCAUCAUUCGCGACCUCGUGGUCGAAGGCGACAUAAUUUUCUACACUGGCUAUGAAAAGGAUUAUGUUGUGGCCUACAACAUGACAAGUAAAACAUCACAGUCAUACGGGAAGGACCUUGGUCGACUAGCCGAUCUAUUGAUUUACACAAGCAGCUCUGUAAACAAACAACCAGUGAACAAAGCCUGUCAAUCUAAUAAUGGUCGCGGUGACUGCAGUGCAGUUUGCCUUCCCAAGGGUAGUACAGACAGGACGUGCAAGUGCAACACGGGAGAAAACCUGCAGGAGGAUGGACGCACGUGUAGCAAUGUAUAUAAUUGCAACUCGCUGAUAGUACAGCCGGAUUCUACACUGGUAACUAUCAGUUCAAUGUGCGAAAAGCGUCUGAACGAUAUGUGUGCCUUCAAAUGCCCUGAUGGCUACAUAGUUAAGAACGCCUCGGUGUUGAUGGUAAAGUGUCUGAACGAUGGAUGGGACAUGCAAACGGAAAUACUUUGUAUAAAAAAGUCGGCUGAUGCCUGUAACAACGAUACUUUGAGCAAUGGCAGACUGGACAACUGUUUUCUUCCUACUGUCGGCUCCACUUGUAAUUUUACGUGCGACGCCGGUUACGCUAAGAGUGCCGAUAAUGUGAUGUGCAGUAAUUCUUUAUUAUGGUUGCCGAAUGAUUCCUGCAAAGCAACGACAACACCAACGACAACAACAAUAACAACGACAACAACAAUGACACCAUUCAAGACAAUACCACCAGCAACACUGACGACAACACUAACGACAACAACAAAAACGACAACAAUAACGACAACACCAAGGACAACACCAACGACAACACUGACGACAACAACAAAACCGACAAACCGUACGACAACGCCAAGAACAACACCAUCGACAACAGUAAAGACAAUACCACCGGCAACACCGACUACAACACCAACGACUACACUAACGACAACAACAAAAACGACAACACAUAGGACAACACCAACGACAACACCACCGACAACAGGAAAGACAAUACCACCGACAACAACGACGACAGCACCAACGACAACACAAUCGACAACAACAGAAAAGACAACAUAUAAGGCAACACCAACGACAACACCGACGACAACACUGACGACAACAACAAAAACCACAAAACCGACAACAACAACAAAAACGACAACAGCGAUAACAUCACUCUGCAUGACCAGCGCAAACGCCAUCCCUAACGGUUCCUUCAACAAAAGCUGUGUCAACCCGAAGGCUGGUCACACCUGCAGUUUCAGUUGUUAUCCGGGAUACACGCAAAUGAACACGACGGUCAAGUGUGAAAAUGACGCCAAGUGGGACCCCUCUAAUCCGUGCCAAGAGAUUCAAGGUGACAAAAGUUCCCAGGUUGCCUCAGCCGGAGGGUUUUCGGGGACAAAGAUUGGAAUUGGAUUUGGAAUUGCGAUUGCGUUGGUCGUCGUCAUAGCAGGCGCAGUAGCGUUGUUUAUAUUCAUCAAGAGACGAAGGUCUACGGAGGUCCCGUAUUCGAAUGCAUCGUUUCAUGCAGAAGAUGAGAACAUUUCGAUUGAAAACCCUGGCUACAUGACCACAGCUCGUAUGAAUGACCAUGGCAUAUGCCCCGCACAAAUAGAUCAUGUGACGUUCGAUCCUUUGCCGACAGUUCCGGUGAAACAGGACGAGGACGGAUUUGUAAAUCCCCUAUACGGCGCCACCGUUCAACCAGGCGCCGACAGAAAUCAGCAGGCAGACAAUGGAGAACCUUUCUAUGCAAGCUCGCAUAUUGCUUACGACAACAGCACUUUCACAUAAGCCUGGUGCCACACAAAAAUAGUUUUAUUAUGUUUUACUUAAUUGAUUUGAGCUAUGGCUGACUUUAAAGAUAUAGAUGCUACUGGGAUUUUGCAUCAUUGAAAUGCUUUUGAUGCGAAUCUUUUGUAUUGCCUUCGAUAUUUUAUAUGACAUAAUUUAUGUAUAAUGUGCCUUCACAUACGUCAAUUGUGUUUAACAAACGUGUGUUAUCGCUGCAAUUGUGUGAGGUUUUUAUUAAAUUGUUAGUACAUGAAAUACCAAAAAAUAUGUUGUUUUGAUCUAGAUUUAAAAACCUAUAAUUGUAUAUGGAACUUAACAUUUCUCCUUCUACCUGUUUUCCAUCGUGACAUGCAUCUAUUUGGAUACAAAAACACAAUAAAAACAUCAUAUAUCGAAAUGACAGAAACAAUGUCAAUAGAAAAUCUUUUUGUUUUGCUAUAUUCUACUCAUUUGCAAGACCAUACGAUUAUCGCAAUUAAUUUUCAAUCGUAUUGGUGAUUAUUCCAAAAAUAUUAUCUAUACAAUAUGAUUAAAUGUCAGGUUUGCAUAGCAGUUAAAAUGAUAUAAGCCAAUCUGUGGGAUAUAAUCCUGCUUGUCGAGUAUAGGCUGUAAUCAUUCCUUGAAUUAUAAUGUCUUUGCUGUCAUUUAUAGAGGCCAUGUUGAAUUACAUUUUAUUCGUAAAAAUGCUUCAUGUAGAAGCACAAAUGUACUAAGUAAGGAGAAAAUAAUUUGGGAAACGAGUGUACUUUCUUUUCAAGUGUUCCCAUAUUUUAUUAUGCUUUGAUUUUAUGUUCUAAUAAAGUGUUAGUUGAUAUAUAUACAUUUACAAAUGCAACUAUAUAUUGACGAGCGCACGCAAAACUAAUUUAUGUGAUAGAAUUAGCUUACGGCGUUAUGCACUUUGCAUAAUAUAUUAUGCU